ACGAAAAAUGAUGCUUGACGGGACGGCUGUUGAAUGCAGCGGACUUGUUAUUCGCUUUCAAAGUGAUUUAUUCAUUUCUCUUGUUUUAUCACUAUGAAAACUGUGUUAAUUCUGUAACCAUGUUGAAUCAAACAUCCACUGAAGCAUUGCUCUCAGCGACUUACGUCGAAAAUUACUUAGAUUGUGUCGAAAAUCUUCCGAAUGACCUGCAAAGACAUUUAUCGCGUAUGCGAGAGCUUGACGUAACAUACAGAGAAUGUCUUCGUGAAGCUGAGAAGCAUCUGGCAGUAUGCAUAGGAGCGAACACAGAGGAGCGUCGCCGCAGCAGGGCAGCUCAGCGGCUGCAGACGGUGCUGGUGGCCGCCCAGGAGAUUGGUGAUGAGAAACUACAGGUUGUUCAGAUACUGCAAGACCUCAUCGACAACAAGCAACGCUCACUGGAUGCAGAUCACAAGAAAUUAAUAUCUUGCUUGGAGGUGAAGACCAAUGGUACAGUGAAGGAAGAGCCGGCUCCAGUUCCGGAGACUCUUCGGAACACAGAGAAGGAAGUUCCACCGCCUGCACCGGCACCUCAGCAUGCGCCACCACCACCACCGCCUGAACGCACCACUGAGAAAGAGAAAGAAAAAGUGGACAGAGACAAGUCUGGCGGUGAGAGAUGGUCGAAACGCGCGCGCCGGUCACGAACAACGGCGGGUGCUGCUACUGAUGGAGCAGACUCCAGCGAACGGGAUAGUGAGAGGCACGCUCACAAUACUACCCACAAGAAAGGUAUAGGCAAAAAGAAAAAGCGCAAAGCACGCCAGGCCGCACAACGCUCAGAAACUCCGCCAGAAGAGACAGACGCUAUUGACCCCGACGAGCCACGCUACUGUCUAUGUGAUCAGAUAUCAUUCGGAGAAAUGAUCCUCUGUGACAAUGACCUCUGUCCUAUAGAGUGGUUCCACUUCUCCUGCGUCUCACUCACAACCAAGCCUAAAGGCAAAUGGUUCUGUCCCAAGUGCCGCGGUGACCGACCAAACGUCAUGAAACCUAAAGGACAAUUCUUAAAAGAACUAGAACGGUAUAACAGGGAGAAAGAAGAGAAAGCAUAGUCUUUAAUAGAAGUGUAGGUUUAAGGUUCAUGUGGAUUUGAAAUUAGUGAAUACAACCGCAAUAAUAUGAUGGUGCUUGUGGUAGAUAUCAAUUGUGAUAAGGUAUUGUAACUAGAGCCCUUCCAUACUUGAGAAUACAGCAGCUCAUGCUGAAAAACUAUCGAAAUUAACUAUGUCCUGGCUCAAAAACAAGUCCCAAAUCUGAUUUAAAAUGAAACUAAGGUAUUCACUCGUUUCUAGUCCAUGUAAAGGCACACUGUUUGCCUUGAACACUUUCAAGUAUUGAAAUGUGAUUUAAAUUUUAUGAAUAUUCAGUUGUUUCUACUGUGACGUGUGGUUGUAACAGAAAGUUACGAAAUUAUUGUUUGAAAGUAUGAUUAGUUGAAUCUCCACAGCAGCACAGGAUAGAAGUCAUCGAAUCUAUGUUGUUAAAUUGACUCCGCGAUUUGACAAAAUGUUGUAAAUAUAUUAGUUAUGCUAUGGUCAAACACGGAACUUUAAGUACAGUACGUAGUAACGCAUUACGGCAUCUAUUCAAUAGAGAAGAACAUUCUUUAUAAUAGGUUGUUGCGAACAGAUUUAAUUUCUUACAUUAAUUAAGUUAUAUUGAAUAUAAGGAUUAAUAAAUAAUGAA